UGUCGCCGACGUUCUUAUGCUUAUGUCGGAAAAGCGCAUGCAAGCGCCGUUUAAUUUUAAAAUCGGAAGAGUAGAAGAUCGACAGCAGCCGUGUGCGCGCGAGUAGUCAGUGGCCCGCAAGACUCCGCGACGCGCGCUCACUCUCCGAGCUGCUCUGCCCACGCUGCCGCAUCCGACAUUACCCGAACGCACUUACAUCCAAUAAUACACCUAUAAACACCGUUAAUUUAAUAUCAAAUAAAUUAAAAUUUAUUUUAGACGACGGUAAUCAUAUCUCUAUUUAUAAUACACGUGUUUAAUAAUAAAUAUAUAUAUAUCUGGCGCGAACUGAAUUUUGGUGCCGCGCAUCCACGUUUUUCACGACAAAUGAAUAAGAAAUUAGCGUAUUGAGACUUCGUUCUUCGCAAGAAAUUUCACUUUUUACUAACGAAAUUCGACUCGCCGGUAUCGUCUACGGAGCGUCUACUAACGACUCCGACGCAUGAAACGCAACCUUCACUGGAGUAGUCAAUAAUGACAGCAGACCAGAGUAGAAGAAGAAUAACGUUCUCUUUAUCAAUAUCCAACUACAAGCAUAAAGCGUCCUAAAUGUCAUUGUAUUUAAUGACAUUUUUAGUGAACACGAAUCAGUAGUGCCGUGGUUAUGUUAGGACACUGAACUCAGUAAGAUUAAAGUUUCAAUCGAGAGACAGCGAUGCGCGCGAGUGAAUCUCGGGUGCUCAACAAGAUGGAAGUGCGGUGUUCAUUGUUCAAACUCUUGCUUUUCCAAAUGCUGGUAGCGUGGUGCGACGCGAAGCACGUCUGGACUGAUGACAUGACGAGAGUGGAGCUUGGUUCCGACGACGUUAACCGAGAAGUCCAGGAUAGCAUAGAUACAUUUAUGCACACUGGUAUCUACUCCCAUCGACACCUGGAUACGUCGCAGGUGCAAGUGGUGCGCCCGUUGAAAGUGACCCGUGAUGGUGAGCUGGUCUCCCACGUGGUGGAUCACUCCCACGAACACGGGCACGCGAGGGCGCGCCGUGACCUGCAUCACACGGAGCAUCUGCAGCCGCACUCUCUUCACUAUAACCUCACCGUUGACGGCAGACAAAUCAGGCUGGACCUAAGGCCGUCGGUGACAUUCAUUACUCCCGCAAUGGUAGUGGAGCGACACAGCGAGCGCGGGCGCACGCGAGAACAGCCGAGGAUCGAAGCCACGGCCUGCCACUACACGGGCUCUGUACGCGGACAGCCUGCAUCCAGCGUAGCUCUUUCUGCUUGUGAUGGACUUGCGGGCUUAUUAAGGACAGAACAGGGUGAAUAUUGGAUUGAACCUUCUACCCAAAAACCGUCUGAUAAUUCAGAAGGAAGACCACACGUUAUUUUCAAACGAUCAGCAGUAGACAAGGUUGCAGCAUAUCAUAGAGCAAAAAGGGCUGUAGAUAAAAAUACCAAUACCAACAGCAAAGUUAAUCAUGAUAAAGACACCCAGAGAUACACCAGCCAACACGCGAAUCUCAGAAAUUACCGUGAAAGUAAAGAAGAGAGAGACAGACAACGUAGGGAAUAUUUAGAACAGAGACAAAAAAGACUAGAGGCUAUGAGGCGUAACCCUGUCGAAUAUAGAAGACAACAAUCAAAUUUACGAAUGGAAGAAAGAAGAAUGCACACGUAUCCGAAAAGCAAUUCGAUUGAAGGUAGCAGAUCAUUGCAUUCAAAUCAGGGCCGUAAAAGAAAUCAAAACAAAAGUGAAAGGCGAUUGCGACGUAAACACCGAAGAAGAAGGAAACGUGCCGCGAAAAACUGUGGUACACGACAGCCGCCUUAUCAAUGGAAGCAAAAAAAACUUCACACUUCCGAGUUAGACGACAACAAGAAAUACCGCUAUAAUAAGAACAACCGGUAUAGCCGCCAUCAUCCAACCCGCUACAAUUUAGACCCAAACAGGCGAGCGCCUCGUUCCGUGAGCAAGCCGCGGCACGUUGAGGUUUUACUCGUCGCAGACAAAUCCAUGUCGGAGUUCCACGACCAAGACAGCUUGGAAAUUUACUUGUUGACUAUAAUGAAUAUGGUAUCUUCUCUGUAUAUGGAUCCGUCGAUUGGAAACUACAUUAAAGUGGUCGUUGUAAAAAUUAUCCUUGUCGAAGAGUUAGCUGCCGCACAGGAGCUAGAAGUGUCUACGAAUGCUGAUUCGACACUCGCAUCCUUCUGCCGUUGGCAAGAGCAAUUGAACCCAGACAACGAUACAAACCCGCAUCACCAUGAUGUCGCUAUUUUAGUUACAAGACGCGACAUCUGCAGCCAGCACGAUUCUCCUUGUAGUACUUUGGGUGUAGCACACGUAGCGGGUAUGUGCAAGCCGGACCGCAGCUGUUCUGUGAACGAAGACAACGGAAUAAUGCUCGCUCACACAAUUACACACGAGCUGGGACACAAUUUCGGUCUUUAUCACGACACCGAAAAGAUAGGCUGCCAAAGACGCGUGGGCUCCACACUGCACAUCAUGACACCUAUAUUUGAAGCAGACACCGUACAAGUAGCCUGGUCGCGUUGUAGUAAGCGAGACGUCACCAAUUUCUUGGACGCCGGUUUGGGUGAAUGUUUGAGCGACAGACCAUCACAAGACGAAUACGUGUAUCCAGAAGUACCAGCUGGCGUAAUGUUUGAUGCGGCUUCACAAUGUCACCUGCAGUUCGGCGCGGAAGCCGGCCUAUGUUCUAAGCUGUCAGAGUUAUGCGAACACCUAUGGUGUCUGGUUGACAAUGUGUGUACUACUAUGAUGCGUCCUGCAGCACCUGGCACCACUUGCGGACCCGAUAUGUGGUGUCAGAAUCAGACCUGUGUGGCUCGGACUCCUUCACCGGCGCCUCGAGACGGCGGUUGGGGUCCAUGGAGCGAGUGGAGUGAAUGUUCUAGAACUUGCGGCGCUGGAGUAUCCACCCAGUCGAGGGAAUGCAAUAACCCGGAGCCAGUCAAUAAUGGAAACUAUUGUAUUGGAGAUCGUAGCAGGUACAAAGUGUGCAACACGGAUCCGUGCCCUAUCAACGAACCGUCAUUCAGGGAAGUUCAGUGCUCCAGGCACAAUAACAUGCCAUAUAAGAAUGAAACUAUAGAUGAAUGGGUUCCCUACUUUGAUCAAGAUAAACCUUGCGAGUUACAAUGCGUGCCGCGCGAUGGUACUGAUGUGGAGAUGUUGGGAGGAUUCGUCGCAGACGGUACUCCUUGCAGGCAAGCGAUCGGGUCGCGGGACAUGUGCAUUUCUGGUGUGUGCUACAAAGUAGGUUGCGAUUGGAUUGUUGAUUCUGACGUUGAAGAAGACGCAUGCGGCGUCUGUGGGGGCGACGGAACAGCAUGUAAAACUGUGCAAGGGAUUUACACGAAAGGCACAACUAGACAAUCAGGAUUCAGUGAGGUUGCAAUUAUACCGGCAGGUUCGAGGAACGUGAAAAUACAAGAGAAAGUUAGCCCUGGAAAUUAUAUUUCGAUCGGAAGUACAAAAUCGAGAAGAAUGUUUCUUAAUGGAGCUCGAAACGCCACGUUGACGGAGUACUUCGUGGCUGGAGCUCAAGCUAUUUACGAACGAGACCGUGACUGGGAAAAAGUUCGAAUAUCGGGACCGCUCGCCGAAGAUAUAAAAGUUUAUCAACGUAUAUUCCGAGGACGACAUCGCAACCCCGGCGUCACAUACCAGUACACGGUCGACAAACAAAGACUUCACAAGAAACACAGCUACAGACUGUCCGAAUGGACGCCGUGCUCCGUCACCUGCGGAGUUGGAUACACGAGAAGAUAUUACGAAUGCAUUGAUCAACAUCAACGAGUGGUAGAACAAUCCCAGUGCUACCACAUCGAGCCGCCGCGACACCAGGCCCUCAUGAAGCAGUGCAGGAAGCCGGCGUGCGUCCACUGGUGGGUCGGCGCGUGGAACCCUUGCUCUAAGCUUUGCCACAUGCCGGGCGAGGAAGUCACUAAAGAACGCAGCGUGUACUGCGUCGAUAAAGUAAUGAACAAAGUAGUCGAUGACAGCGAAUGCGGCCAAGUGAUUAAACCAAUAACGACCAUUAAAUGUGCGGACGUGCCUGCGUGCUAAACGAUCUGCACAAGAAAAAUAUGGUCCUAAUAAUAAAUGUAGUUUCAUAAAUAAGAUUCGCAUAACAAUAAUGCGAAAAUUAAUUAUUGAAAUUAUCGAUUAUGUGCGCUAAAGCACAGCCCUGACGGCCGAGCCGUAUACCAAGACCCUUGUGGUUUGAGGGUUUCGUACGUUACAAUUGUCGGCGACGUCCUGUGUAAAGAAAUACGAUCGAUUCGUAUUGAAAUAAAGGAGCUGAUUAUAGUGGUUUUUAUUUUCGAAGUGAUAAGUGAAAAUGACACUUAAUGACGAAUGCAGUGGAUAAAGUAUCGAGUGUACUUGUUUAUGUAAAAUAACCCAUCGAAUAGACAUUAUGCACUUACGCGUUUAAGUACUCGAAUAGCUCACUUAGUGGUGAAGUGCGAAUCUCGCAAGUACAUACAUAAUAAUAUAAUUCUCUGCAAUUACCACUUACUGCCAUAUUAAGUAGGUUAUACAUAUAGUUCAUAACAUAGUCUCUGCUUAGAUUAACUAAUUAAUCAUUAAUAAUAUAUUCUAUAACGUCAGUAUUAAAGUGGUGUAUGUAUUCUUCUAUGUGGGUACAAUUCAUUGAAAGGUUUUAUUCAUUUAAAAUAUAAAAUAUUUGGACCAAAAAUAUUAUAGAAUGCAAAUUUACGUUGCCAUAAUCACCGGUACCGCCAAUAUGACACUUGUAUCAUAAUAAGUAAGUUUAUUUUAAGUUCUUUGUAUUCUUCAACGAUUCAUCAUAAUGUACAAAUUAAUUAUCCAAAUAACCCCUUUAUACGUACAUCAUAUUACAUUUAACAUAUUCGUUGUAUUCUUUUAGGAGCAUUCUAUUUUAAGUGAACAACUAUAAUGGCUAGUCAAGACUUAAGCAUUUGUUUCAUAGAAAAGAAAUGCAAUAAAAAUGUUUAUCACAAUGUAAAAAAAAAUCCAUUGAUUCGAAUGUUUAACAGGUCGCAGUUUCAUCAAAUAAAGUCAUGUCGUGGAACAAAUCUACUGAUGGAAUAUUUAUUAUUAAUUUUAGGAUGUUUACGUAAAUUUUUUUUUACGUUACUUUGUCGUGACUGUGCAUAAUUUAAUAAUUGUAAUUACGUUUUAAAUGAGUCGACUAUUAUCAAAGUCGGCAAUGUGACUUUUGGUCAAUUAUUGGUAAAUCAGAAAAACGAAUUAUUGACUUUGUAUUCCAUUGGCAGUCACAAAACUCUUCUGAACGACAUCUUAGAUAAAUAACAGGUUAAGUAUUAACCUUUAUUUAAUGCAGGUUUUGAACCGUAUUCUUUGAAGGAGACGAUUAUAUUCAAAUCAAUCUGUAUUGACAUAUCAAUAACAUUUUUUUGGCCAAAUGCACAGAUUGCCACCUUUGAUAAUAGACGACUCAAAUUACUUAUAUACCUUUAAGUACGUGUAUAUGACCACUGCUGUUUCAGUUCUAAGAUACGUCGAGUGAUUGCGUUGUCUUUCAAUUAAUAAUACACUAUAUCAAUUUGUACAGCGCUUCCAAACUAACCCUUGAAUGCGACAUUGUACCGCCAAUUUAAUGUUUGUGAAUAUUUUAUAACUAUGUCUAAAAUUCUGUAUUUAAUUAGAUAUGGCAAUAAAAUCGUACAUCGUUUUAAAUAAA